AUGUCAUUCAAGUUUAACUGGCCGUCGUUUGGUGAGGAGUUCGUCGAGCAAGCGCGUCAGUUGCUAACAGACGCAUUAAACAAGAGCAACAAACCGGCAAACAUUGUAGAUCAUAUAACUGUCAAAGAACUGAAUAUGGGGACCAAGCCACCAGAAUUAGAGAUUCUUGAGGUUGGCGACUUGUCAUUCGAGAGAUUCAGAGGCAUAUUCAAAUUAACAUACAGCGGUGAUGCUCAUCUAGUAUUACAAACGAAAGUGCAGGCGAAUCCAAUGAACAAUAAUGCAUUAGAUAUGGAUUCUUUCACACGAAGGGGCAUUCUCGCUGCUGAUCAACCUCUUGUGGUGCCAAUGCUUCUACGACUCAGCAACCUUAAACUACGUGGGAUCAUUGUUCUCGUUGUCAGCAAGCAGAAAGGUGUUACUUUAGUAUUCAAAAAUGACCCGCUUGAAGGUGUUGAUGUAAUGUCUACUUUUGACAACAUAUCAAGUAUUCAACGAUAUCUGCAAACGGAAAUAGAAAAGCGACUGCGAACAAUGUUUCAGGAAGACCUACCACUUAUUGUACAUAAACUAUCACUAAAAAAAUGGUUCGGGGAAGAAAAGAAAAUACCAGAACAGUCUCAAUAUAGGGAUAUGUCCGAUAGGUCUCCCUCACCAUACGGAGCAGAUGCAAGCUCAAGUGAUUCCUCAUCAUCACCAGACAUGCGACAAUAUUCCUUAUCAACUCCCAACUCAGAAUCAUCAUCUAGCUUCUCGCUGGAUACAUUGUCCUAUGGUGACGAUGGAUAUUCGUCGUUCGUCGAUGUAGAAUCAUUAGAGGAUGGCUCUGCUACUACAUACUCAAACUUUGGUGAACUAUUCGAUAAGCAUAAAGAAAAAGGACUUAUAGCAAUAACACAACAGAAAGAUGAUCAUGAUUAUGAUAAUGCAGCUAACAAAACACCGCGAGUAUUUCAUCGUCAGGUGCUUGUUCUUAAGCCUUCAACAUGGUUACCAUCACCCGUUGACUCUUCUACUCGGUCAUCAAAGAAAAACCAACGUCCUCCGGUAAUGAUGCCAUCACUAUCAUCUAUGUCAUUAGAAGAAUCAUCGAGACUAUUCCAAAGAAUGACAACAGCGAAUCUCCAACGUCACGACCGAUAUCAAGUAUCAUCCUCUACCGAUUCAUACCCUUAUACCACUCUAAUAGAUGCAGACUACAUGUCAAGAGACGAAGGCAAGCAGGAAAUUGUUCUUCAACCAUCCGAGACAUCAGUUGCUGCACAAUUGGCAACAUUGAUGAAGUCUAACCAUACAAUAUCGCCAUAUACAAGAUCUCUUCAGCAUGUGACGUUUAGAUCUGCGCCGCGGUCUGAACGUGCGAAUAUUGAGGGUAAAAAAACCUGUGGAAGGGUUGCUGUUAAGAGGAGGAUUAUCAAGAUUGCGGGAAGCGCGUUUGGAGGUGGGCAUUUGUGGGGGUCAUGA